CAGCCCCCCUCCCUCCCUUGUUCUUCCCCCUCCCUCUUUCCCUCACAUCCCUUGUAGACAGCAAUUAAGCAUUGAGGAUAAAACACACAGCCCGAGAGAGGGCUGAGGCUUUUCUCCCAGAGAUGGCGAGUCGGACAGCUCUCCCCCUCCGGCCAGGAGUCUUCCUCCUCCUCCUCCUCUCCAUCCUUCAGCCCACUAGGCAAGGAGGGGUCCCAGGGGCUGUUCCUGGGGCUGUUCCUGGGGCUGUUCCUGGAGGGGUCUACUAUCCAGGAGCUGGUGGUCUUGCAGGCCUUGGAGGACUUGGAGCUGGAGGCAAACCGCCCAAACCAGGUAUUGGUGGUCUUGCUGGACUUGGGGGAGGCCCUGGAGGACUUGGAGCAGGGCUGGGCGGCUUCCCAGGGGGGGCCUUCCCGGGGGGACUGCUGACGGGCCCCGCGGCAGGAGCAGCGUAUAAAGCAGCCGCCAAGGCUGGUGCUGUCGUGCCUCAGACCGGAGCAGGUGUCGGGGCUGGAGCAAAGCCAGGGAAAGUUCCAGGUGUAGGGCUUCCCGGAGUGUAUCCUGGUGGAGUUCUUCCAGGAGCAGGAGCACGAUUCCCUGGAGUAGGGGUCUUGCCAGGUGUGCCGACUGGAGCUGGAGUCAAGCCCAAAGCCCCAGGUGGAGGUGGAGCUUUUGCAGGAAUUCCAGGUGUUGGACCUUUCGGAGGUCAGCAGCCAGGAGUCCCCCUAGGCUACCCUAUCAAAGCACCCAAGCUCCCAGGUGGUUAUGGACUGCCCUAUAGCACUGGAAAGCUGCCUUAUGGUUACGGCCCAGGUGGCAUCGGCGGAGUUGGGGCAGCCGCGGGGAAAGCCGGAUACCCCACUGGAACAGGUGUUGGUACUGCAGCAGCUGCAGCCGCAAAAGCAGCUAAGUACGGUGCUGGCGCAGGAGGGCCUGGGGCACUUCCAGGCUUUGGGCCUGGAGUUGGAGUUCCUGGAAUUGGAGGCAUUGCAGGAGCCGGUGCCCCAGCCGCAGCAGCAGCAGCAGCAGCUGCAGCCGCAGCAAAAGCAGCCAAGUACGGAGCAGCUGGAGGCGUAGUGCCAGGUGUUGGUGGAAUCCCAGGCAUUGGAAGCGUUGCAGGUGUUCCAGGUGUUGGCGGUGUCCCAGGUGUCGGCGUCCCAGGUGUUGGCGUCCCAGGUGUCGGUGUCCCAGGUGUCGGCGUCCCAGGUGUCGGCAUCCCAGGUGUUGGCGUCCCAGGUGUCGGUGUCCCAGGUGUUGGCGGCGUCCCAGGAGCAGAAAGCCCAGCUGCAGCAGCUAAAGCAGCCAAGUAUGGGGCCGGGGUUGGCGCUGGCGUUGGAGUUCCUGGCUUUGGUGUGGGGGCUGGCGUUGGAGUUCCUGGCUUUGGGGUUGGCACGGGAGCCGUUCCUGGUGUGGGAGUCGGUCCCGGAGGUAUCCCCGGGGCAGCUCUCUCCCCUGCUGCUGCCGCCGCUGCCGCCAAAGCAGCUAAAUAUGGUGCUGGAGGUCUUGGAGGGAUAGUUCCUGGUGCUGGCAUCCCAGGCGUGGGAGUUGUUCCAGGCAUCGGAGCAGGUCCAGGAGCACUGGCUCCAUCCGCAGCCGCAGCCAAAGCCGCCGCAAAAGCCGCCCAGUACGGGUUAGUCCCAGGUGUGGGAGGACUCGGAGGGGUCCCAGGUGUUGGUGUCGGAGGUCUCCCAGGAGCAGUAUCUCCAGCAGCCCAGGCUGCGGCCAAAGCAGCUGCCAAAGCCCAGAUUAGAGCUGGUGCAGGGAUUGGAGUUCCUGGCUACCUACCUAGAGCUGUAGAUGGCAUUGUCUCCCCGCCUAGUGUUGGAGUCAUCCCAGGCUAUGGACCUGCUGUAGCUCCAGGAACCCUGGCAGCAGCGAAAGCAGCUAAGUAUGCAGCAGCUGGAGGGCCUGCAGGCGGCUUGGUACCUGGUGUGGCUGGAGUCCCAGGAGCAGGAGUCGGGGGUCUAGGAGGUGUUCCAGGAGCAGUUUCCCCAGCUGCAGCUGCAGCUGCCAAGGCCGCUGCGAAGGCUGCCCAGUAUGGCCUGGGAGGCAGAGGCAUCCCAGGAGUUGGCGGUAUCGGAGGGGUCCCAGGCGUCGGCAUCGGAGGGGUCCCAGGCGUCGGCAUCGGAGGGGUCCCAGGCGUCGGCAUCGGAGGGGUCCCCGGAGCGGUCAGUCCAGCUGCAGCUGCUAAAGCCGCUGCCAAAGCAGCUAAGUACGGUGCAGCUGGUGGAGCUGGCCUCGUGCCAGGAGCUGGAGGUUUGCCAGGGCCCCAAGUGCUGCCAGGGGCAGGUGCCCCAUCAUUUGGCUAUGGACUUUCACCUAUUUUCCCAGGUGGUGGAGCUGGUGGUCUGGGAUUUGGUGGAAAACCUUCCAAACAGUAUGGCGGCGCCCUUGGAGCCCUGGGAUAUCGAGGCGGGGCUUGUUUGGGGAAACUGUGUGGCCGGAAGAGAAAGUAAAUCUUCCCAGGACACCUGACCCGCGACCUCAUGAACUUUGGUGCUACUGCCUAGUCUAGAAUGUAUACCUUGAGUGACUCCCUCGCCCCUCCCUCCUCUGCCCUCCCCUCCCCUCCCCCCCUUCCUCACCCUUCUCCCAGGGUCAGAUCCUUCUCACUGGAGUGUUCCUACAGUCACCCACCCAUCUGGUGGGGGUAGGGGAUGGGGUGGAGGCACGGGCCCACGGGGCAAGCAAACACAAGAACCAGGGGCCAGCUUGGAAGUCUGUCCCCUUCCCUAAAGGAGCUUGGCUAAGGGGAGGGAUCAGACAUCCUCCCCCAUCACCACCACCACCACCCCAUUCCCACCUAGGAGCUCUCCCCUCUGCGUUCGUGAUCUUGAGGGAAAUAUGGUGCUACUCGUUGGUGCUUAUAACUUUCUUGGGGGUGAGGGAGGAGGGAAGAGGGGGACCCCCUGGAGGAGCCCCUCGCCUGGGGGCUCCUCUAAGCACAGCCUUGGAGAUUUUCAAGACAUCCAACCCUACCCCCACCAGGAAAGGUCAGCCCAGGACCCACAGCCAUGCUCUCCCACUGGGAUGACCAGUCUUUGGGGUUGGGUCUGCUUGCCCUACCUUGUACCCGAGCACUUCAAAUCAGCCUCAGUCCUGGUUGUGACCCAUCCAGAUCUGGCCACCUCUCCCCCCCCCCCACCCCAGAGGGCUGUCCCUUCAGUCUCUCCCUUGCUGCUCCUCGCAUCCAUCCAUGGAGCCAAAACACCUGAAGACUGGGGACAGCCAUGCCCCUGAUCUUUUCGGAAUUUAUCCUUCCAUCCAUCCGUCCACCCCUCACCCAAAAAAAGUUUACCACCCAGUCUGGCAAGAGGCUCCUGCCCCCAGCGGACUUGAAUGUCUUUCAGUGAUGCCCUCCACCUUGUAGGACCUGUCCUGGUCUUUCCCACCUCUACCCCUCACCCCAGCCCUGCCACCACCUACACUCACACACACCAGUGGCAAGGGGAGACCCCUGCCAUCGGCAGUGUGGGAACGCAUGCAUGUAUUCACCAUUGACAGCGACUCCAUCCCCACCAGGCCUGGGACAGCCACCACUGCCGAGAACCCCAAGAGGCCCGAGGGUGGGGCUGCGGCGGGAGGGGAAUCAGAGGGAAAUGAGGACCCAGAGCUCCCCGCCUAUCCCUGGUAUAUCUCACACAGCAGUACUGUAUCCUCAGCCCCUUGAGCCCCGGGCGUCGGAGCAACUCUUCCCAACAUUCAGGCCCUGUCUCCGUGUCUCGCUGUGAUAGAUCAAUAAAUAUUUUAUUUUUUGUCCUGGAUACUUGGGGUUUAUUUUGGUUUGGGAUUUUUUUUGUUUGAUUUUGUUUUUGGGGUGUGUGUUUAAAUUUUUUUCUGGUUUGGGGAGCUGUAUCCCCACAGAGGGAACUGACCCCCCCUGUGUUCAUUUUAAUCACUUUGGUAUCACUUUGGAUGGAACACACUUUUUUUUUAUAAGAAAAGGAAAGUAACUGCUUCAGAAAACAGACUAAUAAAUGAAAACCUUCUAAAGGAAA